AUGGCAUUGCGACGGAUCCCCGAUUUGUUCGUUCGCAAGGUCCUUGGCAUCAAUGUCACUGAGCGUUACAUUGCAAUGCCAACAGACAUGGACAAGCAGGCUAGGGAUAUCCUCGACUCUGCCGACAUCUAUGUAGAGGACGAACCAUCGGUGGCCGAGUGGUUCAAGGAAUUGGCCCCUUCAAGGAGAGGAGCCAUUGAAUAUGUUACUAGUCUAUUCCCGUCGGCGUCGUGGAUUCAGCGGUACAAUCUUCAAUGGUUGGCAGGAGACAUGGUUGCUGGAAUAACUAUUGGUUUGGUCGUUGUACCUCAAGCAUUAGCGUAUGCUGCGUUGGCUGAUCUGACGCCGCCAUACGGCUUAUACACCUCGUUUACGGGAGCAGUCUUGUACUGGAUCUUUGGGACGUCCAAAGACAUUGUCAUCGGUACAACUGCAGUAGGAUCACUGCUUGUUGGGCAAGUGGUUAAUAGAGUCACCCUAAAUACCGGAGAUUAUACAAACGAGCAGGUGGCCCAUUGCCUAAGUAUGAUGUCGGGUGCAAUUCUUCUCUUCCUGGGCCUGGUGCGAUUGGGCUGGGUGGUAGAGUUCAUCCCAUAUAUUCCCAUAUCUGCAUUCGUCACCGCGGCAAGCAUCACCAUCAUGUCGACCCAAAUACCUACUGCGCUGGGCCUCCCAGGCGUCAACACAAGAGAACCACCAUAUAAAGUCAUAAUUCAGACGCUCAAGCUUCUUCCCCAGACUCAACUCGACGCCGCGGUUGGCCUCUCUUCCAUCGCACUACUGUUCGGUAUUCGAGGGAUAUGCACCCAAAUGGAGCAGCGCCAACCGAAGAGGAGGCGAAUGUGGUCAUUCAUAUCGUCUUUGAGAUUGACUUUUACUAUGCUGCUCUAUACUUUAAUCAGCUAUUUGGCGAAUCGAAGCACGGCGGAGGGGAACGCCAAAUUUCGCAUCGUGGGUCACAUAGAGCGAGGCUUUCAGCGCGCCGGUGUGCCAAGAAUCGAAAUGAAUUUGGUUAAGCAGGUACUACCGGAAUUGCCUGCCGUGGCCAUCAUCUUGGUCAUUGAGCACAUUGCCAUAGCGAAAGCUAUGGGCAGGCUGUACAACUACACGGUUAACCCGUCUCAAGAAGUCGUAGCGCUUGGCGCUGCCAAUAUCCUCAGUCCAUUUGUUGGUGGCUACGUCUGUACAGGAUCCUUUGGUGCUUCUGCUGUCCUCUCCAAGGCGGGAGUCAGAACCCCCCUAGCGGGACUCUUCAGUGCCGGGGUCCUUAUUCUUGCACUUUAUGCCUUGACUGGAGUCUUCUAUUAUAUCCCCAAAGCUGCUCUCGCUGGUCUCAUCAUCCAUGCUGUUUGCAACUUGCUAACGCCUCCUCGUAGUUUGUACAAAUAUUGGCAACUCUCACCCGUUGAAUUUUUGAUCUGGGUUGUUGGAGUCGCUUUGGCCAUAUUUGUCUCGCUCGAGGCAUCCAUCUAUGCGGGUGCAGCCCUCUCAAUUGUUUUGGUGUUGGUUCGACUGGCUAGGACGCGCGGAACGUUCUUGGGAGUUGUAAAGGCUAAGAGAAUUUCGGCAGCGAAACAGAACAGGCCUGGCCAAGGCCAUUCUGCCUGCGACAAAACAUGCCAUGCUGCACCAGAUGCGUUUAUACCGCUGGACAGAUCUGGAUCCAUUAACCCGGACAUUAAGCUUGAGUCUCCCUAUCCUGGUGUUUUCAUUUAUCAGCUACAUGAAGGAUUCAAUUACACCAAUCAAGCGUACCACAUUGACAUUUUGGCCAAAUAUAUCGAGCAGAACACACAAAGGUUGUCCGAUGAAGGGUACGAGAAAGAGUCGGACCGUCUGUGGAAUGACGCCGGGGGCAGGACACGCCGACCAAACUCUCAUCUUCUUCCAUAUUUGCGUGCCAUUGUCCUUGAUUUCGGGGCAGUGAAUCAUGUCGAUAUUACAUCGGUACAAGGGCUCAUCGACUUGAGGAACCAACUAGAUAACUAUUCCGCGCCAGACACUGUUGAGUGGCAUUUUGCAAAUGUCCAUAACCGGUGGACGCGACGCGCUCUAGGAGUAGCGGGCUUUGGUUAUCCAACUGCAGAGAAUCCCGAGGCUGUCAGAAAUUGGAGGCCCAUAUACAGCAUUGCGGCGACGCUUUCAGAGAAAGAAGGGCCGUUUGGAGACGAGAACCGAUGCGUUACGGACACUGACACUGACGAGGAACGGACACGAGGAACUAUCACCGCAGUCGCAGGUUACGCGAAGAAGCUAGGGAGGUGGGAGGGUUCUAGCAGAGCCGACAAUCCACGGAUGGCUGCAAUUCACGGCGUCAACAGGCCUUUUUUCCACGGUGAUCUCUACAGUGCUGUGGAGUGCGCAGUCACCGAUGCCCAAAGUAAGAACUCGUCGGCCAUAGUGUAA